UCUGCAAGCCCCCUCCAGACCCUUUUCCAUGGAAGAUGGUUCCCACAAGCAAUGCCUCACCAUUAGUCAAGGGUCCAAGUGUUGGAAAAACAUUGUUUCAGUCGCAUUGGCAACUGCUGCGGUUAUUAGUUUCAGCUCUGGCAUGCCCGCCAUUGCAGACCUUAAUAAGUUCGAAGCUGAAACACCUGGUGAAUUUGGGAUAGGAUCAGCUGCCCAAUUUGGUUCUGCAGACCUCAGGAAAGCAGUGCACGUGAAUGAAAAUUUCAGGAGGGCCAAUUUCACAUCUGCUGAUAUGAGGGAAUCUGAUUUCAGUGGUUCAACAUUCAAUGGUGCAUACCUUGAGAAAGCUGUAGCAUAUAAGGCUAAUUUUGCUGGUGCUGAUUUGAGCGACACAUUGAUGGAUCGUAUGGUCCUUAAUGAAGCUAAUCUCAAGGAUGCUGUGCUUGUUAGAUCGGUUCUCACUCGAAGUGAUCUUGGUGGUGCCUUAAUUGAAGGUGCUGAUUUCAGUGAUGCUGUCUUGGACCUCUCCCAGAAGCAGGCUCUAUGCAAGUAUGCAAGUGGCACUAACCCAACUACAGGGGUGAGCACAAGAACAAGCCUAGGUUGUGGGAACAGUAGACGAAAUGCUUAUGGCUCUCCCUCAUCCCCUUUGUUAAGUGCACCACCUCAGAAACUACUUAAUCGGGAUGGAAUCUGUGAUCAAGAAACUGGUCUUUGUGAUGUAAAAUGAUUCCAAUGCUAAGCAUGGUAAUUAGUUUUACCCACAUUGAAUUGAUCACAUACCACAUCCAGGUAUAUGUAUGCAGGAGAAAAGAUACUGCAGAUUGAACAAAAGCACAUGUACAUCCUUGAGGCGUCAGGAAGCCAUAUAUAUGAAACAUGUACAUUUGAAAGUUGAAACAGCAGGCAGCAAUUUUUUAUCAUCAAUCUCUGAAAGUAUUUUGGACAUAUUCUGAGGAGAAAUAGUUUCUUGACUUUCCUUCAUAAUCAUCCAAGUCUCAGACC